UAUUGUUGAACAAAAUAAUAUACGAGUGAUGACAAAAGUGUUGCUGAACAAUAAUUUAAUACACUUCAGUUAACUGUAUCGUAUAAUCAACUCGAUUUGAUACUGAAACUCUUAAAUGAAAUAUAUUAUUAGUUUUAAAGGUUGUUUAUUUAUGUACAUUAUGCGAUAAAUGGAAAACGUCAAAGGGCCAACGUCAACACAAUCAAAUUCUACAGAGAAUCGGAACGAUGACAAGGAGAACAAACUACAUUCACUGAAGGAAGUUCCAAAAAGAAGUUUUGUACAUAUCAAAGAGUCGUUUAGAACAUUAAAAAAUGCUAAUAGACUGCCAGUUAUUGCUAAAGCUGAUAAAACCGGCGUAGGUGCUGUUCGGUUUAUGGGAGAUGGAGUUACAUUCAAGGCUAAGCUCAUUGGCAUACUUGAAGUCAGUGAAGCGAGAGGAGAUAGAAUGUGUCAAGAGGCGUUAUUUGAUCUGAAAAUGGCAAUCCGAGCGGCCGGCGAACACAAGCAACGUAUCAACAUCAAUAUAGCUAUAGACGGAUUAAAGUUAAAAGAUGAAAAGACAGGAGAAUGUUUGUAUCACCACCCUAUACACAAAAUAUCAUUCAUAGCGCAAGAUAUGGUCGAUUCGAGAGCAUUUGGAUACAUCUUCGGUUCGCCAGAUACUGGUCAUAGGUUUUUUGGUAUAAAAACGGAAAAAGCUGCUAGCCAAGUUGUGGUAACCAUGAGGGAUCUAUUUCAAACAGUUUAUGAAUUAAAGAAACAAGAAAUAGAAAGAACUAAGAAAAACAGUUCUGUAGCUGGAAAAUUUUACCAACAUAUCAGUAACAAUGACAACCAAAAAUUAAACCGUGAACCGUCAAGCGCAGAGAAGCCAGAGAUUAAAACUUCAACUCCAAACCCUAAUUUUCUUCUAAAUUUAGAACACGAAUUAAAUAACUUGCAACAAGGAUUAUCCCAGAUGGAAAGUAUUACUCCUCCAUCGAUGGAUACAAUGUCAGCAUCAGAUCCUUUUGGUGAUUCAUUUAUUGAUCUGCCCUCAGUCGCUUUGACCAAACUACCACCACCGCCCAGUACAGGUGAACGAAGGACCCGUAAUAAUUCAGCUAAUUCAAACGGACAACAAGAAAAACAUUGGUUUGAUAAAGAAACUGAAAAGAUAUUUAGCCUAACUAAUCCUAGUGAAGUCCGUCAAUCACUUCAAGCGGCAGAUUUUAUGGUUAAUGAUAUAUCGAACCAGUACAACCUGCCGAAGCAGCAGGACAUAUUUGACGUAUUCACUGAUUUAGAUCCCUUGGGCACUGGCCGUAGUAAACCGUAUGUAGACAAAAAGGACUUCUUCCAAGAGUUGAAGAAUCCUCCUAAAAGAAUAUUGAAUCAGUUGGCCAUGCCAGAAAACGACAAAAAUGCAGAACAACAACAACCACCCCAACAAAGUCUACCGCCUAAAACGCUGAGCAAUUCGUUUUCUUCCGAGUUGUCAUUUAAAGAUGCUGCUGGCGGCUUCGUCGACGAUUCUUUCAAGACAGAUCAUUUCAAUAAGUCAAACGAUUCAAACUCAAUGGAAAUGGAAUUUGCUGACUUCUCGUCGUUCGAUUCGUUGAAACCGACGUCGUCGCCACAACUGCAACAGAAAUCUCCUUUGAUGAAAAGCGACAGUUCGUCGUCACAGAAUUCGGCCCAAGGUCUUUUGAGGGUAACGCUUCCGCCAGAAUUGCCCCAAAACCCGUACAGCAUAUCUACGUCGCCCAAAUACAAUUUGAUGUCGAAAAACAAGUCGAAAACGCGAAAAUCUCCAAGCCCUGAAUAUUACAAAAAUGAAGAGCCCGCUUCGCCAGACGACGAUUAUUCCAUCAUGAAAAUGAUGACUUUGCCGCAACGGGUAGACAUCGCGCCCGAGCCACCUCCGCGGCCUUCGUCAUCGUUGGAACCGCCGCCGUUGCCCCCGAAAAAACAGCAAAUACCUGCCAAAAACGUCAAGCCUACGCGGUCCCGCAACGGCCACUACGAUUACAUAGAAAACUACGUUAGUUCCUAUAGUUCGACGUCCGCGCAACAAGAAACCGAAGCUCCGCCCUUGCCGUUGCCGUCUAGGAAGCCCAAGACCACCGACGUUCAGAAAAAGAAAGACGAACUCGAUUCGGAAUAUUACCUGGUGCCGGUGUCAGUAAAGAAAACCUACAACGAUUCCAAGUCAAACGUUUCCACGUCACUGGACAUUACAUUAAGUCAAUUAACGAAAACAGGGUUUAGCGAUUUAGCCGAUACGUUGAAAAUAUCUCCGACUACUUUGUCCAAAAUGACACUUAAGGAGUUGACAACGCGUUUGUCGGAGCUCACUACCAAUGGUAACGUGGACGUGCGAAACGCGCCGAAAAAGACUGAAGAGGACAAAAAAGAACCGGAAAAAUCGCUAUACGACAAGUACGCCGUGUUCAGGGAACUACUGGACGAUGAAAAAAUCGUCGAGCACACUGUCGACAAGGAAAACGACAAAUAUGCAGCUCUGAGGGACAUCGAUUCAGUCGAAGAGACUUUUACGUGUGAACAAGGCCUGGCCGAAGUCGUUCAUCCUACUGAAAGUACAUUUGAACAGAAUAUUAUCGAAUCCGCGUUAGAACGCACUGGGAGCGAAUCUAGCAUUAACAACGACAUUAAAACGGAAAAAGAAGUCGCGGCGAUCGCCAACGAAGCGGUGGACGACAAUAUAAUUAUAGAAGACGAAGACGUUAAUGAAGAGGAAGUCGUCCGGGACAACGGAGAAGAAGGUGUCGCUAACGACGAGUCCACAAAAGAAGAACGUGAUCGAGGAGGAUCGUUCGAGUCGGAGAAAGAAGAUUUUGUUAAACCUGUUUCGGAAAUUUUACGCGCCGCCGAAGAGACGGUGCAGCCCAGGUCGAUAGAAAGCACUCACUGCUGGGCCACUUUCGACGUCGAACCGGAUCGGACCGUGAAAAAGGUGAGCUCUCCGUGGUCGGCCGAUGAUCAAGAACCGAUGCCCAAACCCAAAACUCAUAUAAAAAAAAUCACGUCCAACCGCAGCAAGUAUUCGUCCAGCUGGGACGACUGCGAAGAGUCCGAGGACAACUGGGACACGCCAAAACGAAGUUUGGAGAGUUCCAUCGAAGACUUUUCGUCGAAAAAUGGUUGGAGUGAUGGCGAGUCCAUGUACGAAGACGAACCUUACUACGAUAGGCGGCAGCACAGCAGGCGUAGUAACCGCAAGAUUUCUCCUCGACGCCGGGAACCGUCGCCGUGGGACGAGGGGAACAUGUACAGCGACGACUGGGAAUCGCCGUACAUGUUCCCGCCACACUGGAGACCUCCGCACGUGGACGACGAGCGAAGGCGGUCCAAGGAUGACAAACGGCGGAUAUACGCACGACCGGAUAUCGAUAGGAGAAUUCAGAAAAUGGGCAGCUUGCCUAACUGGGAAGACGAAAAGUACCAGAGGAUCAUGUAUGAGAGAAGAAGACGGUAUCUGGAAGACCAAUACAACUGGGAUCGCUACGGUCCACCCAUGCCCAAGGGUUACCCGAAAAGCUAUCCGAGGGCGCUUCCGCCGCCCGUCAUCGACAAUAGUGACGAAGAGGAAAUGAAAAUGCGGUACAGGUUACCUAAAAAAAACCGGUACUCGUCGUCGACUGCGCCCAGGAAGCCUAGGCUUCGGUCGUAUCAUCGACGGAGCGAGGGCAGCGACGAAGAACGCAACGUGGUGCAGCCCCGUAAACCGUACAGUCAGGAAGAGUUGGACUUUAGUGAGUCCGAACUGGAACAGAACUGGUCGAGGCGGUCGAAAACCAACAAAUGGCCGUUGAAACGCAACCAGACGUCGCCGUUCGAUGACAACUUCGCGCCGGACAGCCCGGACUCGUCGCUGUUUGCCAAGACUAUAAGCACGUGUUCCGAUUUGGGAUACUUGACCAAACCGUCGCCGUCGACCAGCUCCAAGACUGCAGGAACCGCCAACCGGGUGCCGUCGACGAGGCGACCAAAACGCUCCGACAGCGGACAGCGGUCUGCCGACUCCAACUCUAAGGCGGAUUCGUCGACGGCCAAACGGUCGCCGUUCGAGGAUGACUUUACGCCGCCGGACGCUGUGGCCAAGGGGAGCGUCACCAGCGAGUUUAGCUUCAAGGACGACGACGUGUUCACGACCAAGGGAGACGCCGACGUCGUGCGGGCCGAAACGCCGCCGCCAGUAGACGGCGGCAUGAAGAAGUCCGAUUCGAUAAACAUAUUCUCCAGGAGCGCGGAUCCGUUCGAGGACGACGAUUUCUUCAAACAGGACGUAUCCGUCCAACCAAAUUUGGCUUGCCUAGAAGAAACCGUUUCCGAUCACGAAACUGAAAACUGGAACAAAAGACCGGAUAGGACCAAAAACGAAUGAGACUAUCGGCACGUGGCCCGGCCGAAGUCAAGAGGGGCCACCAGAGCUUUUAGGAGUGUUUUUCGCAAAGUAAAUAAAUUCGUGAACAAAUUAUUUUGAUCAAAACACUCUCGUGUACUUACCGACGAGUAAACUCACAAUGUAGAAUAUAAUUUUUUUUUACACCUAAUAGAGUAAUCAAAUUUUUUAAUCAUCGAUUUACAUUAAAAAACAAAACAAUCAAACACUGUACUUAUCUCCCUUCAGUACACACAACGUAUAGAACUGAAUAUUGUGUUUGUAUAUUAGCUUAAAUUACGUUAGGUUAAUUUUAAUUUUUAAUUUAUUAUUUGAGUGUACAGUAACCGCUAAGUUUUUACUACCGCUGUUAGUAAUUAUACUAUCAUUUGUUUGAAUUCUAAUUGGAUCUGUAAUUUUUGAAUCUUGAACUAUUUUUUUUUCAAAUAGCGUCGCUGAUUUCUUUAUACUGACUUGUGCAAUACGUUUAACGUACAAUUUACGAAUUAUAAUAGUUCAAUUUAUACUACACCAACGUUGUUGAGUAUUUUUAUUUAUAUUGUUUAUUUGUUUUUUUUUUUCGUGUUUCGAGUCUGUCUAACUACGACAUUUAGUUGUAAGCAAUUCAGUUUUUAUUUGUUAAGUAUACAUUAAACCCUGUCAGGUAGAGCCAUCCAUUUAACUUAAAACAUAAUAACCAGCAGGAACGCGUAGUUAUACCUAAUGCUGUCUAGAGUACGGACUAUAAAUAUUGUAUGUAUACAUGGUUCCUUUUGAAUAUUAUUAAUAUUUUUACUAUUGAUGUGUCCUGUGAAUUGUUAACCAUCCUACUUAUAACGUGUAACUUUAUUUUGAGUGUCUAUUAACUAAUUGUAAACGUAAAGAGUGUAUCGUGUGGAAUCACAGGUAGUAUAAUAUUGUAAACGAAUGGGGUGAAUAUAAAAUUCAGUAAUUUUUUGUAGGAAUGACCUAACAAUAUUGGCGUUUUAUUUAUAAUUCGGUAAUACUUAUUUUACAUAAACAUCUUGUUGUGGUUAAGUUGCUUGCAUUCUAUUGAAAUCAAGAAUUGUUGGCCAUUUGUAUUUUAUUAAUUAGAUAGGUAAUACUAUUGUAUUUACUUUGGCCUCGUCUGUUUACAAUAUUAUCCCUGCUGACCCGAGUACAAAUACUUAAAGUGUCUCGCGAUAUACAUUUUCUAAAUAGCUUGAGACACUGUAUGUAUAUGCAUAUACUCGAAUUUGUAACAAAAUCGGAUUGUCAAAUUAAAAAUGUAAUCUUUUUUUUUUAAUUUUAGUGCCAUACAAUUUUUUAAAAAAUAUUUAAGAUUGGCAGUUGAUUAAUCGUACAAGAAUCUAGCUGUACUUUGUUUAAUCCUGAUUACUUAAUUUUUAGCAGCUCUCUCGUGUAUUUUUAAUAAGUGUACAAAUAAUAAUAAUUAUUUUGUAUGUUAUGUUUGAAUUUGUUAAGUUAACUACUUAGUUAUGACAAUUUGCGUGUAACAACAUAUUAUUAUGUUAUAUUAUAAUAUAACUUAAUGAUAUUUUCGAUCAAAGUUUUGAUGAAAGAACCUUUUUUUUUAUCCAAAAUAAGAUUCUCAAAUUAUUUGCCAUAAUAUCAAAUUAAUUGUAAAAUAUAUAAAUUUUUUUUUUUUACCAACAUUGUUAAAUGUUAUCGUAUAAUAUCGUAUCACUAUGUUUUAAUUUAUAUCUAAAUGACUGUACCACUUUUUUUUCUUUUCAACAAAUUAUCGUGUAAUCAUUUAGAUGGUAUCACGUGGUUUUGUCUCUUGAUACAUUGGCGAAUAUA